AUGAAAUGUCACUUUGGCGCCAUGUUACAAGCAUUGAUCAAUUUGGCAUUUGCGCAAAAUUUACCUACAUGCGGUAAAACAAGGGGCUGUUAUUUUUAUUAAUUGAAUACAUUAAUUGUGUACUUCAGUAUUGAAAAAUUAUCGAUCCUGCAAAGAAUUAGUAAAUUCUUACUGUGAGAGCAUACUAUAGUAUUUUGACAAACAGCUCGUAAGGAUUUACAUUUGGAUCGAAUAUGUCUGACGACGUUAUUAUGCAUUCGGGAACACCUGACAAAUCCCAUAAUGAAGCUGCUUUAAUUGCGAAUAACAUAAAGCAAAAUGAUAAUUCCAUAUCACGUUCAGCUACAGCAGAAGAAAUGACAUCGAGGGACUAUUACUUUGAUUCGUACGCUCAUUUUGGCAUUCACGAAGAAAUGCUUAAAGAUGAAGUGCGUACCAUUACAUAUCGGAAUGCUAUGUAUCACAAUAAACAUUUGUUUCGAGGAAAAGUUGUUCUUGAUGUUGGGUGCGGGACCGGUAUAUUGUCAAUGUUUGCUGCGAAAUCUGGAGCAGCGAGAGUUAUUGCAGUAGACUGUUCAAAUAUUGUAGAGUAUGCCCGGCAAGUUGUGAUAGACAACAAUCUUCAGGAUGUCAUCAGUGUCGUAAAAGGCAAAAUAGAAGAGAUCGAACUGCCUCCUGGUAUAGAAAAAGUUGAUAUAAUUAUAUCUGAGUGGAUGGGGUACUGCCUAUUUUAUGAAUCAAUGCUAGACACCGUUUUGCAUGCACGUGAUAAAUGGCUUAAACCAGAUGGUAUGAUGUUCCCAGAUCGUGGUACUUUAUAUAUAACAGCAAUUGAAGAUCGGCAAUAUAAAGACGAGAAAAUUAAUUGGUGGGAUGAUGUGUACGGAUUUGAUAUGAGCUGCAUUCGCAAGGUUGCAGUGACAGAACCUUUGGUGGAUGUAGUCGAUCCGAAACAAGUCGUUUCUACUUCUUAUAUGGUUAAAGAAGUAGAUUUGUAUACAGUUAAAAAAGAAGACUUGGAGUUUUCCUCUCCAUUUAACCUUAUUAUUAAGCGCAACGACUUUGUGCAGGCACUGGUAACAUACUUCAAUAUUGAAUUCACUAAGUGCCACAAACGAUUGGGAUUUAGCACUUCCCCCGAAGCUACAUACACACACUGGAAACAAACAGUGUUUUAUCUGGACGAUUAUCUUACAGUUAAAAAGGGUGAAGAAAUAGUUGGGACAUUUAAAAUGAAACCCAACGAACGGAAUAACAGAGAUUUGGAUUUUGUGAUUGACGUUCGUUUUAAGGGUGAGCUCUCCGAUGUUCACGAGCACAAUACAUAUAGAAUGCGUUGAUGGUAAACUCCAAUGGGUGUGUCUAAUUGAUGCGAAUAAAGAUUUUAUAAAGCAACUACUUUGUCAGUAUAUCCACCAAAUGAGAACUGGUGCAAGCAAUAACUGUUUUCAAGAUUAUUUGCUCAGUCGUUAAAAUAAUUCAGUAAUAUAAUUACCAGCACUUAUUGAAUCAUGAAAAUUUUUACGACUUGAACAAUUAAGUUAUUGUGAAUAUAAUAUUUAAAUGUUAUUAAACAUAACACACGCGGAUAUAAAUAAAAAGUAUAAUUGCAUGAA